AUGAAGGGAUUCCUCGACAUGAUGAUGAAUCUCGAAAAAUUCAUCACCCUCGUGGGCAGCCUUGGGGGCGCUGCUGUCGAUGGCGUCCUUCCCCCCAAGUAUCUCAACCUCGACAUUCCUUACUCAAUCCGCAACGUGGCCGCGACCAUUGCCCACGACGCCAUGACGUACUACAAUGGCAACACGUCCAGCAACCCAUUGGCCCUCGGUGAUCUCCAGGAGCCGUACUACUGGUGGGUAGCCGGCGCCCUCUGGGGCACGCUCCUCGACUACUACCACUACACCAAGGACCCGAGCUACAACGACGUGGUCAUCGAGGCCCUGCUGUCACCCUACAACCUCGGCCCCAACCACGACUUUAUGCCCCCGGAGCACGCAAGCGAGGAGGGCAACGACGACCUCUACUUCUGGGGCUCCGCCGCGCUCGCGGCCGCCGAGCGCAACUUCCCCCAGCCCGACGCGACCAAGCCCUCGUGGCUCACCAUUGGCGCCAACGUCUUCAACUCGCUCCAGUCCCGCUGGAACACCACCCACUGCGGCGGCGGCCUCACCUGGCAAAUCUACCCGGACAACCCCAACGGCAUGAACUACAAAAACUCCAUCACCAACGGCGGCUUCUUCCAGGUCGCCGCCCGCAUGGCCCGCGCCACCGGCAACGACACCUACCUCGCCUGGGCUGACCGCGCCUGGGACUGGUCCUGGGACGUGGGCCUCAUCGACCACGACACCUGGCACGUCUACGACGGCGUCGACGCCGCCAGCGACUGCCGCGAGCCCAACCGCGCCAGCUACACCUACACCUCGGGCGUCUACCUCUACGGCGCCGCCGUCCUCGCCAACCACACGGGCGACCCCCGCUGGGUCGACCGCGCCACCAACCUCCUCGCCGGCGCUGAGUUGUUCUUCGACCCGUACGGCAACGCCACCGACAUCCUCCACGAGGGCAUGUGCGAGCCCGCGGACAGGUGCAACGCCGACAUGGAGACACAUAAAGCCUACCUCGCCCGCAACAUGUGGCAGGCCACCUGGAUGCUGCCCUCGCUCCGGCCCACCAUCGAGAGGUACAUGAAGGCCUCGGCUAUGGCCGCUGCCGCCACAUGCACCGGCGGCGCGGAUGGCCACCGCUGUGGGAUGAAGUGGUACGUUGGCGGGCACGACGGCAACGUCGGGCUCGGUCCGCAGAUGACAGCGCUCGAGACGAUUCAGGGGUGGCUGAUCGAGGACGCGGCGCCGCCGCUGCGGGGCGACGCCAUCCAGACGGUGAGGGGUGUCGAGUGGACGCCCGUGGACCCGUACCGGCGCGAUAUGUUGUAG